CGCGGCAACACCAAGGAGCUGCAGUCCCUGCUGCAGAACAUGACGAACUGCGAGUUCAACGUCAACUCCUUCGGGCCCGAGGGGCAGACGGCGCUGCACCAGUCCGUCAUCGACGGCAACCUGGAGCUGGUCAAGCUCCUGGUCAAGUUCGGCGCCGACAUCCGCCUGGCCAACCGCGACGGCUGGAGCGCCCUGCACAUCGCCGCCUUCGGGGGCCACCAGGACAUCGUCCUCUACCUGAUCACCAAGGCCAAAUACUCCGCGGGCGCCCGGUGAUGCCGGGGCCGCCGCUCCCCGGCCGCCAACGCUGCUCCCCCCCCC